UGCUCCUCAUGUGACCGGCAGCAAUAUCUGUCACUGCCCCUAACUUUAACGAUCCCUAGCCCACGCGCCAUCGCUUAGGCACCAGGAUUCUCACCGUCGGAUUAGUUAUCAGUCAAGCGCGUGUUCGAUAUGCAAGUGAGAUUAAUUCAUUCCGAUCUCAAAUUCUCAAUCAAGGAAGUCCCAUGCACGAGCAGAACUAGUCACCCAGAUAUUGUCCCCUCAAUGAAACCCACCUCUAUAAAACUCUUGUGAAUCACAUCAUUCUUUCCCAUCAAACGCCAACAGAUCAAAAAAUUCAUCUUUAUCCGAGAAAACCCAAUUGGUUGAAGAUUUGAAAUCAAUGGCGCAAUACGAGAAGGAUCUCAAUCUGAAAGCAACUGAAUUGAGAUUGGGAUUACCAGGAAGCGAUGAGCCUGAGAAACAAUUGUCUUCAAGUGUAAAAAGUAAUAAAAAGAGAGUCUCGCCAGAGACCUCUGAAGACAGUAGUGCCAGCGUUGUCAAUCGAGACAGAACUCCUCCUGCAAAGGCACAAGUAGUGGGAUGGCCACCGGUUCAGUCAUUUCGCAAAAACAGUUUGAAGAAAUCAGAGAAAGAGGCUGCUGGGAUGUAUGUGAAAGUGAGCAUUGAUGGAUCUCCAUAUCUUAGAAAAAUAGAUCUUAAAUUGUACAAGAGUUACCCAGAACUCUUAGAGGCGUUGGAAAACAUGUUCAAGAUUAAGAUUGGGCAUUAUUCAGUGAGGGAAGGCUACAAUGGAUCUGAAUAUGCUCCUACUUAUGAAGACAAAGACGGUGACUGGAUGUUGGCUGGAGAUGUUCCAUGGAAUAUGUUUAUCAACUCCUGCAAAAGGCUACGAAUCAUGAAAGGAUCAGAAGCCAGAGGCUUAGGCUGUUUGUGAAGACUACAGAGAGUCUGAUCAAGGAAGAUAGUUUUUGAGCUCUUAGGUUUUUUUUUCUUCUUCUUCUAGCUCAAUGAAAAUACAGGGAAAAAGUAAAGAAAAAAAAGGAUUUGUUGAGAUCCAAUUGUACAAUAGAAAAAUACUUUUACUUCACUGUAUGUUAUAGAUUGGAUACAUAUCAUUAAUAAUCUUAUAUGAGGACCAGAAAAUAAAUGGCUUUUGUUCUUGUUUA